AUGGACCUGGCGCGCCGCCUUCAAAGCAAGGCGAAGCUGGUGAAGCUUGGCCAAGUCGUGGCCCUUCCGGUGCGGCGAGCGUUGCAUACAGAUUAUCAUGGUAGGCUACCCAUGCCCCUCUACUCGCUCCAAGGGCCCAAAGCACGCUUGAAAGAUCUCCAGGUGGCCCUUCGCGAAAUCGAGCAGGGCGAGUCUGAAGGCACAGGCGACUCUCAUGUGGAAGAGUUGGAGUCUCUACACGAGAAGUUCAUCAACGCAGGCACGACCAAGGAGAAGCUGCGAGAGAAGAUUCAGAUGUACUUGGCUGGCGAGGUGCACAGUGAGGUGGUCGAAGCUCUUGACGCGCGAUUGCUGGCGUGUCACGAUGUGCUCCUUGAAGAUUUGUCUGAGCCCCUCUUGGAGGGCUUCCUCCAAGACGUGAAGCGCUUUCAAUCGCCCAACGAAGUCGUAGGUGGUGGAAUGGAUCAGGUACGAGAGGAGCUCUAUGGACCCACAGCCCUACCCAUCCUCACCAGUGAUGCCAAGGCGAAGGCUUGCUUCUCUGGCGCAGAGCCCAGGAGGAGGCAGCUGGUGAUUGAACGUGUUGCUUUGAACGUGGCCUAUCGAGAAUUCUUGGAGUCACAACGGCAUUUGGAAGAACUCGGGAAGGGCUCUGCCCGCAGCGGGGUCCAGCAGCUUUGUCACCGUUGGGUCAAGACCCUGGCAGAGCUGCUGAAGGACGAGCAGUGUGCCUUACGCCAAGGGAAAGGAUCCCGGGCCUUUAAGGAGCUUCAAAACUGCGGAUUAGCUCCAGAUCUUAUGGCCAUACUGGCUAGUCAGACCUUGCUGAACUUGAUCUUCCUACCGAACUACCGGCACAAGGACGACCUCCAAGCGGACGCAAGAGCUGGAAAGUACGGAGAGGUACCCUUCGUGACGAUCGCGACCCAAAUCGGCGAGGCGGUGCAGAUGGAACGAUACCAUCUGGAUGCGAAGAUCAACUUGAAAGAUGAUCCAGGAGGCCAGCAGUGGAAGCAGCGCUGGAGACAGGCAGCCUAUACGGACGCCCGGCGGACUGUGCAGUUCGGGUCCUGCUUGGCGGACAUGCUGAUCGAAUAUGCUGAAGUUGACCUAGCAGCCCAUCAGGCGGGCAGCAAGGCAGCAGGGAGGAUGAUGGGCAGGGUCUACUAA